GUGCGAUUUUUGACCUUUCGCUUUCUGGAUCUAGGGUUUCGCUUUUGACGACUCGUUUGUCCACCACCAUCAUCAUCAUCGCCAACACCAUCGAAAUGAAAACCCUAGCUCCACCACACACUGUUUCUGAGACGAAAAUCCUAUCUUUCUUUGUGUAGCAAUCGGGGAUCGGAGAAAGCUGGUUAGGGUUUUGUGGUCAUCGUCAUCCAUCAGCAGCAAUCAGAUCUAAAACUUUUCCAGGAAAAAAGAAAUCCUAAUUUUUGUCUCACAGAUCGGAGAUUUUUUUUAGUUUUGUUUGUUAAAUUCCAAAAAAUGGGAUCAAAUCUAAAGCAUUCUUGAGACGAUGAUGAUAUUUUCCCUGGAAAGAAACUCGUAGAAAUCCAUGAGUUUUACACGGAAAUUGUUGAACAAUCUGAGCCACCAAAGUGUGAGAUUUUGAUUGGCCAAAAAUGAAUAUGUAUAAAGCGGUGGUGUAUCAGGGGGAGGAGGUACUGGGAGAAGUAGAGAUGUACCCAGUAGAGAACAAGAACAAGAACAACAACAACAACUUGAUGAUCGAAGUGAAGGAAAUCAGAAUAAGUCACUUUUCGCAAGCGAGUGAGAGGUGUCCACCACUGGCAGUGCUCCAUACCAUUACGUCUAGUGGGAUUUGCUUCAAAAUGGAGUCAAAGUCCUCGCAGUCACAGGACUCGCCGCUCUAUCUUUUGCACUCCUCGUGUAUCAACCAGUACAAGACUGCAGUAAUGCCACUAGGAGGGGAGGAGCUUCACUUGGUUGCUAUGUAUUCCAGGAAUAAUGAAAAACAAUAUCCAUGUUUCUGGGGAUUCAACGUUGCAUCAGGACUUUAUGAUUCUUGUCUUGUCAUGCUGAACCUUAGAUGUCUUGGAAUAGUAUUUGACCUUGAUGAAACACUCAUAGUAGCAAAUACAAUGCGCUCAUUUGAGGAUAGGAUUGAGGCCCUACAGCGGAAAAUAAACAGUGAAGUGGACCCACAGCGGAUUUCUGGUAUGCAGGCAGAGGUCAAGCGUUAUCAAGAUGACAAGAUUAUAUUGAAGCAAUAUGCUGAAAAUGAUCAGGUCCUUGAAAAUGGAAAAGUGAUCAAAACUCAGUCUGAGAUUGUUCCUGCCUUGUCAGAUAACCAUCAACCUAUCAUUCGGCCACUUAUACGGUUGCAGGAGAAGAACAUUAUUCUGACCCGCAUCAAUCCGCAGAUUCGCGAUACAAGUGUUCUUGUGAGGUUGAGACCUGCAUGGGAUGAUCUCCGGAGCUACUUGAUUGCAAGAGGGCGCAAACGUUUUGAGGUUUAUGUUUGCACGAUGGCUGAAAGGGAUUAUGCUUUAGAAAUGUGGAGGCUACUUGAUCCAGAUUCAAAUUUGAUAAACUCAAAAGAAUUAUUGGAUCGCAUUGUUUGUGUCAAGUCUGGUUCAAGGAAGUCACUGUUCAACGUCUUCCAAGAAGGCUUAUGCCAUCCUAAGAUGGCAUUGGUCAUUGAUGAUCGCUUGAAAGUGUGGGAUGAGAAAGAUCAACCACGGGUGCAUGUUGUUCCUGCAUUUGCUCCAUACUACGCACCCCAAGCUGAGGCAAAUAAUGCUAUACCUGUCUUGUGUGUGGCGAGAAAUGUUGCCUGCAAUGUUAGAGGUGGUUUUUUCAAAGAUUUCGAUGAGGGUCUUUUACAAAAGAUUUGUGAUGUUAAUCAUGAAGAUGAUAUUAAAGAUAUUCCCUCUGCUCCUGAUGUGAGCAACUAUUUGGUUUCUGAGGAUGAUGCUUCUGCUUCAAAUGGAAACAAAGAUCCACUUUCUUUUGAUGGCAUGGCAGAUACUGAGGUUGAACGAAGGCUAAAGGAAUGA